CCGGAAGUUAUUUCUGCCGCUAGCCUGGUCUGCUGAGAAAAGGCUGUUUUUAAAGGGAAACCAAGGUUGUUGAGGUCUGUGGUGGGCUUAGCAGGUUGAAGGUUGCUGCUGGCUGCAGGGCCCUGUGGAGCAGAAGAGCUGUGCCAUUCCCCCUUUUUUCCUCUCAUGUCCCCCCCUGUGUGUUUCCCUGUGUGUUAGUGACCCCGCACCCCCACCCACCCCCCACCUGGUCCCUCCUGUCGUGUCGCCACUCCAGCCCGAAGCCCCCAUCUCACCCCAUGCUUGGGACAAAGCCAGCUCACUGCCAGCCCAAUGACUGCCUGGAUCGUCCUGCCUGUCAGCCUGUCUGCCUUCUCCAUCACAGGAAUAUGGAUAGUGUAUGCCAUGGCUGUGAUGAAUCACCAUGUUUGUCCUGUGGAGAACUGGUUUUACAAUGUAACAUGCACAGAGGAGCUGCCCAGACCAGGCUUCCCCAAGACAUGCUGUACCAUCCAGGACAUCCCCCUCAUCAGUAAAUGUGGGUCCUUCCCUCCUGAAAGCUGCCUGUUCAGCUUGAUCGGCAACGUUGGAGCCUUCAUGGUGGUGAUGGUGUGCCUUCUGCGCUACGCCCAGGUGAUCGAACAUAGCCACCGAUGUUGGGUCAACACCAGUGCUCUGGUGUCCGGCUGCACCAACGCUGUGGGUCUGGUAAUGGUGGGCAACUUCCAGGUUGAUCACGCCAAAUCACUACACUAUGUGGGUGCAGGUGUUGCAUUUCCAGCAGGGCUGCUGUUUGUGUGCCUGCAGUGUGUGCUCACCUACCGGGUGGCUGUGACCGCCCUCGACUACUGGAUGGCCCACUUCAGAGUGGCUCUGGCACUGGGAGCCAUGGUCUCUCUCGUCCUCAGCGGCAUCUUCUUCAUCCAUGAAAGCUUCAUCCUGCAGCACGCUGCAGCCAUCUGCGAGUGGGUUUUCACGGUGGACAUCCUGGUCUUCUACGGCACAUUCACCUACGAGUUUGGCACCGUCACCAGCGAGACCCUGAUGGUGGGCCUGCAGCAGAGUCACCACCUCGGCUCAGGGGUUAUGAUGGGCACCAGGGCACGGGGCUCGACACUGGGUGGGGCGACUAAGGGCCUCAAGUCCCCCGGGGGAAGCAGCACAUCCACACAUCUCAACUGUACACCGGAGAGCAUAGCCAUGUUGUAGCUCUGCGUUGCUGCCCAAAGGUCUGAAAUGUCACUGCAGAGGUGCUUCAUGGGCGCUCACAGGAAGGCAAGAUGACAGAGGCAGCUUGUGGAGGAGGAGCGGACGUCCUGAUAUCUUUAACCGUUGAACCAACACCAGGUUAUCCCAUCUGUAAUGCUGUACUAUCUUCUAUUUUUCUUUUUUUUCAUGUUGGUGCGAGCCACUACAGUCAAAUGUCCUGUAGCGAUGUUGAAAGGAGGCUGAAUGUGUGGAGCCAGUUUGAGUACUGGAACCAUGAAUGUUUUUCAAGAUGAGCUGUUGAUUUGGGCAAUUCUUCACUGGAGUCGGUUGUUUCCCGAAUGACACUUUUGUCCUCUUUUUCUUUUUUUAUAACUGUGCAUCACUGGUGUGCCCACAAAGUUUUUCUCCCCUGCCCAGACACUACGUCAUGAACUACCCGAUGCUUUGCGUGGCCCACCUGUUUUGGCCUUUUGCUUAUCUCUGCACGGCACACUACUUGAAUGAGAGAAUAACAACUUAUGUUUGAGUUUUUGAAUUUGCGUAGUAAGUACAAAAAUAUUGAAUGUUUGAGAAGUGAAUAGUUAACAGUUAUGUAUGUUUUACAGGCUGUAAGCAUAUGGCCUUUUAAAAUCAAUCAAUCAAGCAUAAAUUAUCUGUCAAAUGAUUGGCAAAAAAUCAUCCAUUUCACUCGACAAUUUCAGUUGGUCGCACAGAUGAUUUUGAAUGCAAAUUUUGAUGGUAUUUUUUAUUAUUUUACAAACUAUGUAUACAUGUAUCUUGAGCCACUAUCAUUCUUGAGAUCAUAAUCCGUGUAGUUGACAUGCGAGUGCAGGAUGGCUGCGUAAAAAACAACUGUGCUGCUCUGUUGUCACGACUAGGACUGUGUGCAUCUCAAUCACUUUUAACCCCGAAUCUCUGAAAUCAUCUCCCUUGAUGUCAUUCCAUUAUCGUCCCACAUGUUGCAUGAUAUGAUUUCUUUGUGACAUUUCAUGCAACCUUUUUAUUUCAUUGACUGUCAUGUCCGGUGCAAUAAUUGCCAUCAAUCGUCUGAUAGAUUCCGCUCCGCUGGAGUGAAUAAUGCCUUUUUCAGUGUGUUGGAAUUGAACACAGGGCUUUUUCUUUCUUUCUGUUUUUUUUGUUUUUUUUAAAUGACACCAAGACAUUUAAAGUGACCUACAUCUUAUAGUAAAACAAGUGGAUGUGUGAAGGUAGAACUAUAAUCCAACUAACACAUUUACAGAAAAAUGUAGCUCUUUCCCACACGCUGAUCUGAUUCCAGGCUGGACCCUUGGAAGCCUGAUUGAGUUUUGAGAAUAGGUUUUCUGUUAAAUCUGAAGCGAUGUCAAGCCUUCUCAGUCGUUAUAGUGGGAAGUUUUGUUCACAGGAGCUAACUGAGAGGUGAAUAUGAUACUUGUAGACCUUGUGCCAUUAACCUCAUGGCGUCACAAUGGUGUCAAUACAGUGUUACAAACAGAUACAGGUUGUAGACUGAAAUGAAAGUAUGUUAUAUAUUAAGGUUGUGUAUGAUUUCCUGUUGCCAAUUUCUCUUAAAUUGAUAUUUACAGUUGAAUUAGCUUAACACCAGACUGCCACAAACUACCACUGCUCAAACUAAAGCUGACUAAUGCCACCCAAUUUAGGUUACACUCAGUAAGUUUUUGUUUAAGUGAGGGGAGCUAAUUUCUCUGUGAGCCGUUUGAGAAGUAUGUUUCAUAACACACAGUAUUCUGCCCUCUGUGUAGUGUUGAUGCAUUUUUAACUGUCUAACCACUGGAUGCCAGCAAUACACAUUUUUAAAAAGGUCACAUCACCUACCUCUUUUAUCUUUUUGUGGGUUUGAUGUUCUGAAGCAAAAGCUAGAGAUCCAACAUGUUUUCCAUCUCACAAUGGUUUGAGGUCGAAAAAAAGUAUUUAAUAUGAUGGUGGCUCAGCAAUCCACAGCUCGAUCGACAAAGUCCUAACAAGUGUCAGCAUUUGACAGGACAGUGGAUCCGCUGUUAGACGAGCUACGUAAUCAUAUGUCAGGUCAGUUUUCUUUAUUUACUUUUUGUGCAACUUAUUUUAUUCUCAUUCUUUCUGGGACUACAGCAAUCCUGUCUUGUUCUGCAAAUCUUGCCAAAAAAAGACUGGAGUUUUGAUUGGUUUUCUGUGUGUCAGCAGUAGGUGUAUGCAUUGGUACGAGUGCACUGUUUUAGCCUUAUCCCUCAUACUGUGCCAGGGGAACAUGUUCUUUUUUUAAUCUUGUGUUCAGCUGUAGCCUAUUUCACCAAACUGUAACUAAGUCACACGUUGUGACUACAAAUGGCAGCUUGUAUGAGCCCUCACAUCAGGGUUGGAUUUAUUCUGUAACAGCAUCUAUUCCAUAAUGCCAUCUUCCACAGGCCAAAAUCUAACGGUGGAUUUUACAACUUUUUUUCUUUUUUUUUUGUCCAAAUGUACACUCCAGUAAGCUGUCAUAUGGUAUCUUUGUUGGUGGCAGAAUCCUGUAUUACAAAGAGCUGCCUGACCUGUACAUGUCUUGAACUCUUGCAACAGCAACACAGAAACAAUGUCUCUACAAAUGUAUUAGUCAUAUUUCCUUGAUUCGAAGAAUAUGUAAAAGAUAUAUGGUCAGAGAAAUCCCAGAUAACAAGUCAACACAGAUUAUUUUGGUUCCUUUUAUAAAUUAUGUAAAUAUGUAUGAUUUGUCUAUCAUUUAGGUAUUUUCAUUUGAAAGAGAUUUAUAUUCAAAUAUGAAAUAAAAAUGAUAAAUUAUUA